AUGGCCUCUCAACUUGGCCCUGACCAUGGAGCCAUGAAACCUGAGGCUGGUGGUCAUGCAGCUCUGGGUUCAGAGUCAGGAGUUGAAUGCAUGCAAAAAAAAUGUGAUGAGCCACUUGUGUCUGGACUACACCAUGCAGCUUUCAGUAGCUCGUCCUCUAUGUCUGGGAGCUAUUCACCUGGCUAUGCCAAGAUCAACAAGCGAGGGGGUGCCGGGGGAUGGUCUCCAUCAGACAGUGACCAUUAUCAGUGGCUUCAGGUUAACUUUGGCAAUCGGAAGCAGAUCAGUGCCAUAGCAACUCAAGGAAGAUACAGCAGCUCAGACUGGGUGACCCAAUAUCGCAUGCUGUACAGUGACACUGGGAGAAACUGGAAACCCUACCAUCAGGAUGGGAAUAUCUGGGCAUUUCCUGGGAACGUCAACUCCGAUAGUGUUGUCCGGCACGAUUUACAGCAUCCAGUCAUUGCCCGCUAUGUCCGCUUCGUGCCUCUGGAUUGGAAUGGAGAAGGCCGCAUUGGGCUCAGGAUCGAGGUCUAUGGCUGUUCUCACUGGGCUGAUGUUAUCAACUUCGAUGGCCAUGUUGUGUUACCAUAUAGGUUCAGAAACAAGAAGAUGAAAACACUGAAAGAUGUCAUUGCCUUGAAAUUUAAAACCUCUGAAAGUGAAGGGGUAAUCUUGCACGGGGAAGGACAGCAAGGGGAUUAUAUUACUUUGGAACUCAAAAAAGCCAAGCUGGUCUUCAGUUUAAACCUAGGAAGCAACCAGCUUGGCCCCAUAUACGGCCACACGUCCGUGAUGACAGGAAGUCUGCUGGACGACCACCACUGGCAUUCUGUGGCUAUCGAGCGCCAGGGCCGGAGCAUCAACCUCACCCUGGACAGAAGCACGCAGCACUUCCGCACCAACGGGGAGUUCGACUACCUGGAUUUGGACUAUGAGAUAACCUUUGGAGGCAUACCUUUCUCCGGAAAGCCAAGUUCCAGCAGUAGAAAGAAUUUCAAAGGCUGCAUGGAAAGCAUUAACUACAAUGGCAUCAACAUAACAGAUCUGGCAAGAAGGAAGAAGCUUGAGCCCUCAAAUGUGGGAAAUUUGAGUUUCUCGUGUGUGGAGCCCUACACAGUGCCUGUCUUUUUCAAUGCCACCAGUUACCUGGAGGUGCCUGGACGGCUUCACCAGGACCUGUUUGCGGUUAGCUUCCAGUUCAGGACUUGGAACCCCAGUGGUCUCCUGCUUUUCAGUCAUUUUGCGGAUGACCUGGGCAACGUGGAGAUUGACCUCACUGACAGCAAAGUCGGUGUUCACAUCAACGUCACACAGACCAAGAUGAACCAGAUAGACAUUUCGUCAGGUUCUGGGUUGAAUGAUGGCCAGUGGCAUGAGGUCCGUUUCUUAGCGAAGGAGAAUUUUGCUGUUCUCACUAUCGAUGGAGAUGAAGCCUCAGCAGUUCGAACUAACAGUCCUCUUCAAGUUAAAACUGGCGAAAAGUACUUUUUCGGAGGUUAUCUGAACCAGAUGAAUAACUCAAGUCACUCUGUCCUUCAGCCUUCAUUCCAAGGAUGUAUGCAGCUCAUUCAAGUGGAUGACCAACUUGUAAAUUUAUCCGAAGUGGCGCAAAGGAGGCCUGGAAGUUUUGCAAAUGUCAGCAUUGAUAUGUGUGCCAUCAUAGAUAGGUAA